AAACAAUACAUGUAUAUAUACUGGCUUGGUCUGGGGGGUCAGCUCCUCCGGAGGACCCCAGAACGUAUCACGACGGCCGAGCAAAGGGGGGUCGGCAACUCCGUCUUGACGGACCCCUGUUUUCCGGUCAACUCGGCUGCCUUGCGACGUCCGCAAACGGCGACGGCCAAGCACGGCCCGCACGCAAAAGUAAGGAAGCGGAGGAGGGGUGGGAAGAGGAUAGGAAGGCGGGGUAGCAAAUGAAGAGAGAAGAAGGAAGGAAGCGGGAGAAGGAAGGAGAGGCGCAGCAGCGCUCUAGUCACAAUGCAUGCCUCACCACUGGCUGUGGAGAUAGCGAAACUAACAUGAGCACAACGUUAGAGGCCGACCGCAACCUAGUCGAGGCGCAGAUACAAGUACCACAAGAGGGCGACGCGAUCGUUCGCCAUCGACUACAACAACGAGGUAAGAACGCGCCAUUAGGCAAGUCUGUCAUGGUCAACACGCAAGUCACUGGAAAGUAUCCAAACAGGCGCCACUUCAGGGCUACACCGAAAAGUCACUCGGCGGGCUGGGUGAAGGGAGCUGGUUGCAGGCCCCGACCGUGGAAGAAUCAUUGGGCGGCGCCGAACCCCACGGCGAACUCUGCUCGGUUCGCCUCGGCCGCCUGUCCACGCCAUGGUUCCCUUCCUGAGCCAGGUAGUGUUCAGAAGGGCCGCCCUCCGAGGGGGUGCCCUCAGGAAUGUCCCUGUCCAGGAUCAUGUCGUGCCGUUCCUCCUGCUCCCGCUUCAGUUCUUUGCGCAACUGGCAAUACCUCACGGAGCAAAAGGCCAUAGCACAUAAUACGAGAAUCACGCUAACAGUGGUGCCCACGACGACCAAGAGGUAAUCGUCUUCUUCUCCCGUCGCUGUCGUCACGGGAUCCGACGUCGAAGGUGUGACAGCAAUUUUUUGGGGCUGGCCGUAAGUUAUCUGAACCUGGCCGUCGUUUUCCAUUCCCUCAUUUGCCAAAGCGGUCGUCAGAAGAGCGGCAAAUGAAUCGUUGGUUCCGUCGGACAGCCCAGUCGCAUAAUCAAAUACUCUGUCGAUGGUGUCUUCAUCUGCAGCUAUCUCAUAGUCGACCGUCCAAGAGUUCAAGGUUGUGAGCUUCCUGGCCGUAUUCGAGCUUGUGAGCUGCCUGGCCGUCACGGUCACAAUACUCAAGGCUACCUCGAAAUAUUCAGCCAAAGCAGUCGACGCCGCACUCUCCACCUGUUCUUGCGUGCCAGAGCUAGCGAACUCCAUUGAGGCCCUCACAGACCAAAGCAGCGUGGUGAUGCUCGUCUGUGUCGUCAUCGUAGUGGUUGCACCGAGAAGGGUGGUGGUGGUUACCGUGGUACUGGUCCAGGUAAUGCUGGCAGUGGCGGUGCUGGUCAUGGUGGCAGUGGACCCCGUCUGCGUAGCGGUGCUGGUCAUGGUGGGACUGGUCGUAAUGGUGCUGCUGGUCAUGGUGACACUGGUCAUGGUGGCAGUGGAGCCGGUAGUGGUGCUGCUGGUCAUGGUGGCACUGGUCAUGGUGGCAGUGGUCAAGGUGGCACUGGUCUGGGUAGCGGUGCUGGUCAUGGUGGCAGUGGUCUCAGUGGUGGUACUGGUCGCGGUUGUGCUGGUUUCUGUAACGCUCACUGUUGUCCGGGUGGCAGUGAUGAUCUUGAUUUCUGGCGCUGUAACUGUAACUCCUGCUGCCUCCAGGCCUUGCGACUCGAAGCUCGCUUGCAGAGACGCUGAGAAGUUUGAUGUAUCAUUAGCGACCUGGCUUGCAAUAUCGAAGAUUUGCGUGGCAUCAUUUAUUGGUGCGACAAUCUCAUAAUCGGCACCAUACGAAGAGCUGGACGACCGGCUUACGGGAGAGAUGACUUCAACUGAUAUCGAUAAUUGAUCGGGUUCUAUGUUAUACAGACCCAAGAGAUAAGCAGACAGUAAACUAGUUACAUUGUCUUGCGUGCCCGAGCUUGCCAAAGUUAUGGAACUGCUUACAACGUAAAGCGGCGUAGUGGUAGUAGACGAGGUUGAGCUGGUACUGGACGCCGAGGUGCUGCUCACGGUGGUGCUGGUGCUGGUCAGGCUGGUACCAGUCAGGCUGGUGCUGGUCAGGCUGAUGCUGGUCAGGCUGUUGCUGGUAAAGCUGGUGCUGGUCAGGCUGGAAAAGUGCGGUGUCGUGGUGCUGGUCAUGCUGCUGAUGGUCCCGGAAGUGGUACUCGUCUGGGAACGCGUGGCGGCUGUGGUGGUGUGCGCAGUAGUGGAGGAAGUCAUGCUGCUUGUGGUCACGGUGCCAGUGGACGCGGUUGUGGUGCUGGUCGUGCUACUGCGAGUCGCGGUGCUGGUCGUCAAUGUGGCAGAUGUCACGCUGGUGGUGCUUGUCCCGGUGGUCAGAGUAGUACGGCUGCUCAUGGUCGAGGUAAUGCUGCUGCUUGUAGAGCCACUGGUCUGGGAAGAAGUGCUGGACGCGGUGAAGCUCGUCAAUGAGGAGGCGCCAGUUGUGGUAAACGUAGAGGUCACGGUGGUGGUCAUGGUGCUGGUCAUGGUGACAGUGGACAAGGAAGUUGUACUGGUUGAAAUGGUGAACGUCAGGGUAGUGCUGCUAGUCGUUGUGACAGUGGUCAGGGUAGUGGUGUUGGUUGCAGGUAUGCUCGUCAGGGUAGUGGUGCUGGUCAUGGUGACAGUGGUCAGGGUAGAGAUGCUGGUUGCAGGUAUGCUCGUCAGGGUAGUGGUGCUGGUCAUGGUGACAGUGGUCAGGGUAGUGGUGCUGGUCAUGGUGUCAGUGGUAAAGGUCAUGGUGCUGGUUGCAGUUGUGCUCGUCAGUGCAUUGGUGCUUGUCAUGGUGGCAGUGGUCAAGGUCAUUGUUCUGGCCAUGGUGCUGGUCACGAUGACAGUGGUCAGGGUAUCGGUGCUGGUUGCAGUGGUGCUCGUCAGGGUAGUGGUGCUGGUCAUGGUGUCAGUGGUAAAGAUCAUGGUGCUGGUUGCAGUUGUGCUCGUCAGUGUAUUGGUGCUUGUCAUGGUGGCAGUUGAACGGGGUAUCGUUGCUGGUUGCAGUGGUGCUCGUCAGGGUAGUGGUGCUGGUCAUGGUGGCAGUGGUCAGUGUAGUAGUGCUGGUUGCAGUGGUGCUCGUCAGGGUAGUGGUGCUGGUCAUGGUGGCAGUGGUCAGUGUAGUAGUGCUGGUUGCAGUGGUGCUCGUCAGGGUAGUGGUGCUGGUCAUGGUGUCAAUGGUCAAGGUCAAAGUGCUGGCUGCAGUGGUGCUCGUCAGGGUAGUGGUGCUGGUCAUGGUGGCAGUGGUCAGUGUAGUAGUGCUGGUUGCAGUGUGGUGGCAGUGAGCGGGGUAUCGUUGAACGGGGUAUCUUUGCUGGUUGCAGUGCUGCUGGUCAGGGUAGUAGUGCUGGUUGCAGUUGUGCUCGUCAAGGUAGUGGUGCUGGUCAUGGUGGCAGUGAACGGGGUAUCGUUGCUGGUUGCAUGGUGCUCGUCAGGGUAGUGGUGCUGGUCAUGGUGGCAGUGGUCAGUGUAGUAGUGCUGGUUGCAGUGGUGCUCGUCAGGGGUAGUGGUGCUGGUCAUGGUGGCAGUGGUCAGUGUAGUAGUGCUGGUUGCAGUGGUGCUCGUCAGGGUAGUGGUGCUGGUCAUGGUGGCAGUGGUCAGUGUAGUAGUGCUGGUUGCAGUGGUGGCAGUGAGCGGGGUAUCGUUGAACGGGGUAUCUUUGCUGGUUGCAGUGCUGCUGGUCAGGGUAGUAGUGCUGGUUGCAGUGGUGCUCGUCAGGGUAGUGGUGCUGGUCAUGGUGGCAGUGAACGGGGUAUCGUUGCUGGUUGCAGUGGUGCUCGUCAGGGUAGUGGUGCUGGUCAUGGUGGCAGUGGUCAGUGUAGUAGUGCUGGUUGCAGAGGUGCUCGUCAGGGUAGUGGUGCUGGUCAUGGUGUCAAUGGUCAAGGUCAAAGUGCUGGCCAUGGUGCUGGUCAUAGAGCUAGUACUCGUCACGGUUGUGCUGGCAAGGAGCCUCCUGCCCUCCUCAGACUUGGUGGCGAUCUUUGUCCACCUGGUGCCAGUUAUGGAAACGAUUGUCAAGGUGUCGUUGCUGAUCAUGGAGUCCGCGGCUUGAAUUGCACGUCCACCACCGCAAAUACAGCAAGCUUGCACAGCCGAAUGGCCUGCGCUCCCCAAAUCCGAGGGAUAGCCGAUGAUGGCAUGGCGAUUCAUGACCUGAUCAGCAGAUGCCGUGCACAAGUCCGCGUAGUCGUCGCAAUGAAGCCCUCUACUAUCGGUCCAAUCUGCGGGGUUGUUUGCACAGCUCUGCGUCUCAUGACAGCUCGCCUCAUGUAUCAUCACCGCCAGAAAAAACGCAGUGAACACCCCGUGCACGCUGCAAUGUAAGUCACACGGACUGCCCUGGCGCCCAGGGCCCUUUGACAUCGUGGGAGGCACCUGCGCGUUUCAAGCUAAAGACUGUGUAUAGUCACCGAGAACGGGCUCGAUUCAAGCGCGGGAUGCCUAACAGUCCUGGCGCGCUGGCGCGAAACAGGCCACAAUGCUCGAGCCAACAUGGCU